CUUUGGGAGGAAUUCUUUACAUUUUGCAUUCGAGUGUUUGGGGGAUUUGUGUCUGUGUGUCUGUAGCUUUCUAGCUGGUAGCCAGGGUCCCUCGCCCCCGUCUUUGCUUGCUCAGUGCCUCCAAGGCAUCCUAACUGUGAGACGCGCUCUCACUGCGAGCUCCGCGCGGGAUGGAGCAGACCGAAAUACUAAAGCCACGAACCUUGUCGGAUCUGAUCCGCAUCCUACACCAGCUGUUUGCUGGCGACGAGGUCAAUGUGGAGGAGGUGCAGGCCGUCAUGGAAGCCUACGAGAGCAACCCCACCGAGUGGGCGGUAUACGCCAAAUUCGACCAGUACAGGUAUACGCGAAAUCUUGUGGAUCAAGGAAAUGGAAAAUUUAAUCUGAUGAUUCUGUGUUGGGGUGAAGGGCAUGGCAGCAGUAUCCAUGAUCAUACCGACUCCCACUGCUUUCUGAAGAUGCUACAGGGGAAUCUAAAGGAGACACUAUUUGCCUGGCCUGACAAAAAGUCCAAUGAGAUGACCAAGAAGUCUGAAAGAAUCUUGAGGGAAAAUCAGUGUGCCUACAUCAAUGAUUCUAUUGGCUUACAUCGGGUAGAGAAUAUCAGCCACACCGAACCUGCUGUGAGCCUUCACUUGUACAGUCCACCCUUUGAUACGUGCCAUGCCUUUGAUCAAAGAACAGGACAUAAAAACAAAGUCACCAUGACAUUUCAUAGCAAAUUUGGAAUCAGGACUCCGUUUGUAACUUCAGGUUCACUGGAGAACAACUAA